UGUAUCUGUUGGUCAGCAUUGGAAGGAUUAACAGGCAGCAACACAGACGGGGGACCGCUUAGCCUGAAUCAUGCGCAUCGUCACCAUAACAGCUAACUGGGAGUGGUGCAGAAAUUGUGCAAGAUACGGAUAAGACACGUUUUUUGAUUUCAUUGCGCGGUUGCUUAAGUUGCUGCCGAAUUCCCCCCGAACGUUAUAAUGCUUGAGGAAAACUCUUGUCUUUGGUUAAGUCGCCUUUUACUGCUUGCGCCAAGUGUGUGUCGGUGUGAAGUAAUCAGACUGGGAUAAAGCUGGAGAAUUAGGGACUUCUCCUUACAAUAUCGGAUACAUUUUUUGUUUUAUUCUCCGUGAUUUUUGAAGUGGAGGUCGAGAAGAGAAGGCGACUGAAGUGUUCACACCACCUUGAAACAUGGGGAACGCAGGGAGUAUGGACCAACAAACUGACUUCAGGCAUAACAUGCCUUUAAAACUGCCCAUGCCGGAGCCAGGUGAAUUAGAGGAACGAUUUGCUGUCGUUUUGAAUUCUAUGAACCUCCCACCAGACAAAGCCCGGCUCCUGCGGCAGUACGACAACGAGAAGAAAUGGGAACUGAUCUGUGAUCAAGAGCGGUUUCAAGUGAAGAAUCCCCCGCACACGUACAUUCAGAAGCUCAAGAGCUAUCUGGACCCGGCCGUCACCAGGAAGAAAUUCCGCAGGCGAGUGCAGGAGUCGACCCAAGUCCUCAGAGAACUGGAAAUUUCAUUACGCACCAAUCAUAUAGGGUGGGUGCGAGAGUUCCUCAAUGAAGAGAAUAAAGGGCUGGACGUGCUGGUGGACUAUCUGGCGUUUGCACAGUUUGCCGUCACGUUCGACGGUGAGAACCUGGAGAACGGCCCCGACGGCCCGGCCGAAAAGGCCAAGGCCUGGAGUCGCUCUAUCGAGGACCUGCACGGGGGCAACAUGCCCUCCCCCAUCAGCGGGAGCUCCAUAUCCAGAGCCGGGAGGCACACCACGUUAAGGAGUAACACGUUGCCAAGCCGGAGGACGCUGAAGAACUCGCGGCUGGUCUGCAAGAAGGACGACGUCCACGUGUGCAUCAUGUGCCUGCGCGCCAUCAUGAACUACCAGUACGGUUUCAAUAUGGUCAUGUCCCACCCCCACGCUGUGAAUGAAAUUGCACUAAGUCUGAACAAUAAGAACCCAAGAACGAAAGCCCUGGUGCUGGAGCUGCUAGCCGCGGUGUGUCUCGUGAGAGGGGGCCACGAAAUCAUCCUAUCGGCGUUCGACAACUUUAAAGAAGUCUGGGUGGAGACGCAGAGGUUUGAGAAGCUAAUGGAGUAUUUCAAGAACGAGGACAAUAACAUUGACUUCAUGGUGGCGUGCAUGCAGUUCAUCAACAUCGUGGUGCACUCAGUGGAGGACAUGAACUUCAGAGUGCACCUGCAGUUUGACUUCACCAAGCUCUCUCUGGACGAGUAUCUGGAUAAGCUGAAGCACACGGAGAGUGAUAAGCUGCAGGUGCAGAUCCAGGCGUACCUGGACAACGUGUUUGACGUGGGCGCUCUGCUGGAGGACGCCGAGACCAAGAACGCCGCGCUGGAGCGCGUCGAGGAGCUGGAGGAGAGCAUGUCUCACAUGACGGAGAAGCUGCAGGACACGGAGAACGAGGCCAUGUCCAAGAUCGUGGAGCUGGAGAAGCAGCUGAUGCACCGCAACAAGGAGCUGGAUUCCAUACGGGACGUGUACAAGGACGCGAGCGCGCAGGUGCACACGCUGCGGCGCAUGGUGAAGGAGAAGGACGACGCGCUGGUGCGGCAGGGCAACCUGGAGAAGAAGAUCCACGAGCUGGAGCGCCAGGGCACCAUCAAGAUCCAGAAGAGGAGCGACGGCGACAUCGCCCUCCUGCCCACCGCGCCCGGCGUCCACGCCGCCCUGCCGCCCGGCCAAGAGGGCACCUACGUCGGAGGAGGAGGAGCGGUCAGUCCCAGCGGGACCAACGGCACGGCGCUCGGCCCCGGGACGCCUUCGCCACCUCCGCCGCCACCCCCGCCGCCUCCACCUGGCUCAGUGCCAAACGGGCCGUCAGCCGCCCCCGCUCCACCUCCCCCUCCUCCUCCUCCUCCUCCUCCCCCUCCUCCCCCCGGUCCUGCGGAGUUCUCGGCCCCUCUGCCCCCACCGCCGCCACCACUGGCCCCCCCGCUGCCCGGCAGUGGGACCCCCACGGUCAUCUUCAACUCAGGGCUAGCAGCUGUUAAGAUCAAGAAGCCGAUCAAGACCAAGUUCCGCAUGCCGGUCUUCAACUGGGUGGCGCUGAAGCCCAACCAGAUCAACGGCACAGUCUUCAACGAGAUCGACGACGAGAGGAUCCUAGAGGAUCUGAACGUAGACGAGUUUGAGGAGAUGUUCAAGACCAAAGCACAGGGCCCGGCCAUCGACCUGACCACGAGCAAGCAGAAGUCCAUCCAGAAGGGCCCCAACAAGGUGUCUCUGCUGGACUCCAACCGCGCCAAGAACCUGGCCAUCACCCUGAGGAAAGUGGGCAAGAUGCCCGAGGAGAUUUGCAGGGCCAUUCAACUGAUCGACCUGCGCACGCUGCCGGUGGACUUUGUGGAGUGCCUGAUGCGCUUCCUGCCCACGGAGAACGAGGUGAAGACCAUGCGGCAGUACGAGAAGGAGCGCAAGCCGCUGGAGAGCCUGGCGGACGAGGACCGCUUCAUGAUGCAGUUCAGCAAGAUCGAGCGGCUCAUGCAGAAGAUGACCAUCAUGGCCUUCGUGGGCAACUUCGCCGAGAGCGUGCAGAUGCUGACGCCGCAACUCCACGCAGUAAUUGCGGCAUCCGUGUCAAUAAAAUCCUCACAGAAGCUCAAGAAGAUUCUGGAGAUCAUCUUGGCUCUUGGAAACUACAUGAACAGCAGUAAGAGGGGAGCCGUCUACGGUUUCAAACUUCAGAGUUUAGAUUUGCUUUUAGACACUAAGUCGACGGACCGCAAACUCACACUGUUACACUACAUUGCUAACGUGGUCAAGGAGAAGUACCAGCAGGUGUCCCUUUUCUACAACGAGCUGCACUACGUGGAGAAGGCCGCCGCAGUUUCACUUGAGAAUGUGCUGCUGGACGUGCGGGAGCUCCAGCGGGGCAUGGAUCUGACCAAGCGCGAGUGCCAGAUGCACAGCCACAACACGCACCUCAAGGACUUCAUCGCCCAGAACGAGGGCAAGCUCAAGAAGCUGCAGGAUGAUGCCAAGAUUGCACAGGAUGCCUUUGACGAGGCUGUGAAGUUCUUCGGGGAGAACUCCAAGACGACGCCUCCCUCCGUCUUCUUCCCCGUGUUUGUGCGCUUUGUCAAGGCCUACAGGCAAGCGGAGGAGGACAAUGCGCAUCGGAAAAGGCAGGAGCAGAUGAUGAUGGAGAGGCUGCUGGAACAGGAGGCCAUGAACGAACAGGAGGACCAGAAGUCGCCGUCCCAGAAGAACAAGCGGCAGCAGCAGGAGCUGAUACAGGAGCUGAGGAAGAAGCAGGUGAAGGACAGCAGGCACGUCUACGAGGGCAAAGACGGUGCCAUCGAGGACAUCAUCACGGUGCUGAAGAGUGCGCCCUUUACCGCCCGAACGGCCAAGCGGGGCUCUCGGUUCUUCUGCGAGUCGGCGCUCGCUGAGGAGUGCCAUUACUAAAGCUAUAACGCUCUCUCUCUCUCAAAGGUUUCUGGAAACAAAACAACCCCUCCGUCCCCCCUCACAAAAAAAAAGAAGUGCUUUCUUCUUCUUUUUUUUCCUCUCCCGUUUUCACCCCUUCACCGUUUUUUGUUUGGUUUUGUUUUUUUGGUUCUCCGCACCCCACUUCUCCGUCUCACUCUUGUUCUCACCGUGUGCUGUGCUCUCUCUGGGGAGAGUGUGGGGUGGGGGACAAAGAGGGGGAAACUGGGCACCAGCCUCCUCCUGGUGAGGCAGCCCAUUCACGUAGCCCAUACGUGACGUCCUAUGUUGGGUGUGUGUGUGUGUGUGUGUGUGUGUGUGUCGGGGUCCCCUCCUUCGAUUAGGGGGUGUUGUUUUUUUGUGUGUGAGAGUGUGUGUGUGUGUGUGUGUGUGUGUGUGUGUGUGUGUGUGUGUGCGCGCCAGUAAGGAAGGGGCUGUCAGUGCAGUGGGCCCCUUUCCCCCUCUCUCCUGCAUGAAGUGUGUCACCACAGAUCUCACCCAUCCAUCAGUGCAAUAAAGCAAAGCAAACAUAAUGUCACAGAGGCCGUCGGGACGCGAGACCACACCACUCGCCCUGGCGCUGCACCAGACCGCCGAGGUCAAAAUUAAACGCCACUCAAUUUUCUUCAGUCAAUAUUAGCUCAGUGCCGUCGCAAUGUACCGUUAAUGUGCCGUCACUUGCACAGCAGAAGAGAAGGCUUCGAGCGCCCUCUGCUGGCGGAAAUCUUACUCAAACACCCCAGAACUUUUUUUUUUUUAAUGCCCCCCGUGUUUAGUUUUUUACUGUUCCUGAGUUAGACGGCGAAUAGUGUCAUCUAUAGAAUUUAGUUUAAUUGACAAAAUGCAAAACAAUAGAGCUAAUUAUAAGUAGCUAUAUUUCUAAAUAUGAAUACACUCACAUUAUUUUUAACAUUUUUGGGAGCUGUUUAUAGACAUAUUUUUUAAACCUCCAUCGUUUCUACGGUGUUGUAAGUAUAUCACACAGAUGUCUCAGUGACUGUAGCAUUUGUGGCAUUAUACCUUGCUUGUGUGUGUUUGUAUGUGUGUGUUCAUCUGUCCAUGCGAUCAUGAUUGUUCAUCCAUAAUGAUGUGUCACUGCUGUUGUCUGUCUGGGCUCUUGCAUGACGCUGGCUCGCACAACACUCUGCUCCCACAAUGCCUUGCGCUUCGCUGCUAAUCAGCUCGCUCGCUCUCUCCCUUGCACAUGGCUCAAGCAUGCCCCAUUGUUGCUUACAUCACCUGUGGUCCUGGCCAAUCACGCGAGAAGCUAUGGUCCCUAUCUGUUGCAUGAGGGUUUUGCAUGAGGUUUUUUUUUUUUUAAAGUUUGCAUGGCAUGUUAAGGAACAGGUGUUCCAGCACACCUGUGCUCCUGACAUCACUAACACACGCAGCCAGAUACAUGAUCCGAUCGCCUCACUGAGUCUCAGGCUCAGCGUUAACAUGUCUGUGAGUUCCAUCUCCAUUCAUCCAUCAUGCUAUGCCAGUUGAACCUAACAGUGGCAUGUAUCUGGCUGUGAGCAUGUGUUUAGUUCAGCUUAGUUCACGACUUGUGUAUUGCUCAGAACAUUUAUUUCUGUUGUUAUGUACGUUUUUGUUUGAGUUCUUGUUCAGAGUUGGUUAAGAGCUUUACUAAAGAUUUGUUUUGGUUUGCUGGUAGUCACUAAGCAAGGCGAGCUGGGGUUUGUAGAGACAGAACGUAUCAGCAGAGCUGCCUUUUGUCUGCCGCCUUAAUGCCUGCCUGCCAUGUCAGUUAACUGCCUCUAGUGCCAGUCCUGCUAAUGCCCUGUGCCCCCGAUACCCCCUGCCCCUGCCAUGGCCUCUUACCCCUCUUACCCCUGUGCUGUCUUCACCCUCCCUCCUGCCCCUGCUGCUGCUGCUGCCUCCAGCUGUAAGGCCAGUGUCAGUGCUGUGGAGCCCCUUCUCUCUCUCUCUCUCUCUCUCUCUCUCUCUGUGUGCAGUCGUUCCGCCUGCUCUCUUUUAACCUUCAUUUUGUCUUCUCUUC